AUGGUUCUUCCGCAUAAUGUUCCUAAGCCACCCAAUAGGCUCAUCGCAGCCUCUUCCAACUUCUCCAAUUCCAUACUCAAAGAUCCACGAGCGAUCUUCCAAAACGAAAGUUUACUUCUUAACUCGAAGCCCUCUGUGCAAUCGUCUACUGCACAAACCCAUGUUGAUAAUCCCAGUAAUCAACAAAAGAUCAUCAUCGAGACUACUCAUAUUGGUGUAUCGCAAUCGGCAGGUAGGCUGUUUUUUGACGUUUCUUCUCGUGCUGAAACGGUGCGGGAAAUUUACAUGGCAGCCUUCCGUCAAUCCAAUGAUUUUGUCGGUCAACGGACCCACAGAUUAGGCGAUAAUUGA